AUGCUUACCCGGCCACUGAGCGCAAUGCUCCCCCAGCAGCGCCAGGCCCUACGUCUGCGUGGUCCUUUACCUCAUCUUGUCCUGCCCUCGAAUUUUACAAGCACCCCUUCUCCUAUAAUUGCUCUGACAAGUCGCGCAACUGGUCGGAGAUGCCUUGCAACCCAAGUUGAAACCUCCGCCGCACUUAGCAAGUCUGAGGACCGCAAAGAACGAGUUGUUAUUCUUGGAUCUGGCUGGGGCGGAUACACCCUCUCGCGCAGGCUUUCCCCAAAGACCUAUUCACCUCUCAUUAUCUCACCUCGCUCGUACUUCGUCUUUACUCCUCUCCUCACCGACACAGCCAGCGGAUCCCUCGAUUUCUCUAACAUUGUCGAGCCUGUCCGUGACCCGCGAGCUAAAGUUGACUUUAUUCAAGCAGCUGCGCGGGCAGUUGAUCUGAAAAGGAAGACCAUUCUAUGUGAGGCAACGGUCGUUAAAAGUGGUGUCACGGAGUCACCCCGCACAGGUGAAGAGCACCGGAACACCGAGGAGGGCCCGGAGACUACAAACAUGAAUCCGAUGCAAGAGCAGCGUCGAUGGGAACAGGGUGAAACCUUCGAAGUGCCUUAUGACAAGCUUGUCAUCGCAGUAGGCGCUGUCAGCCGCACCUUUGGAACGCCCGGGGUACGAGAGAAUGCAAUGUUCUUCAAGGAUAUCGGAGAUGCCAAAAGAGUCAAGCGCCGCGUACGGGAAUGUUUCGAGCUGGCUGUCCUGCCAACCACCACCCCGGAGAUGCGGAAAUGGUUGUUAAAUUUUGUGAUUGUUGGAGCUGGACCAACUGGUAUCGAACUUGCAGCGUCGCUGCGCGACUUCAUCCAAGCGGAUAUGAUGGCGCUGUACCCGGCUGUCAACGAACUUCCGAAGAUUACACUGUUUGAUGUAGCACCGAAGGUGCUUUCGAUGUUUGACGAGUCACUUUCCCGCUAUGCGAUGGAGACUAUGAGCAGCGAGGGCAUUGAUAUCAAGACCUCCCAUCAUGUGAAAAGCCUUCGCUGGGGCCCGCCUGGUGCAUCCCCGCCGUAUGAGAUGGAUCCUAAGCGCUGCCUGACUCUUACAACCGAGGAAGAUGGUGAGGUAGGCGUUGGCAUGUGCGUUUGGGUAACAGGUAAUGCCAUGCCGAAAUUCAUCACCGAAUCCCUUGAUACAGUCGACCCAUUCCCCUCAGACUCAGUCCACACCAUCGAAAAGUCCUCCUCCUCUUCUGAAAAUCCCGAGCAAGGAUCCUGGAAAUUCAAAAAGGCCCCCAGAAAAGGUCCUCUGCUCGUCGAUGGCCAUCUCCGCGUACAGCUGCAGAAUGAAUCAGGCCAGACAGCCGUUCUCCGGGACGUUUUUGCAUUGGGAGACAACGCUAUGCCCGAACCUGGUGCCCCGCCCGCAACAGCGCAGGCUACUUUCCAAGAGGCCAAGUGGCUGGGUGAUCGGUUCAAUAAACAUGAUCUUGAUCAGGCCCGACCAUUCUCUUUCCGCAAUCUGGGCACGAUGGCGUACAUCGGCAGCGAACGAGCAUUGAUGCAAAUCCCCCAUGGGACCAACGGCAACUCACGAAAAUAUCUCCCAGAAGGUAUCAAAGGACGCACUGCGGCGCUUGUUUGGAAUACGGCGUACAUCACCAUGAGUAUCAGCUGGCGCAAUAAGCUGCGUGUAGCUUUCCGGUGGACACUGAACAAAAUCUUUGGUCGGGAUGUUUCGCGAUUCUGA